AAAAUGUUGGCGACUUGGCGUGGUAGGUGAAUGAAUAAGACAUUGAAAUAACCAAAUCUGAAAUUACAACCUAUAUUACUGUUAGCGCAUGUUCAUCACAACACUUUCACCUAACCGUUGUUAUUCUUCUUGUUCUACAUUUUAUCAACCAAAUUCUUAAUUCUUCAAAGCAUUAUGUCAUCUUCCAUUUCAUCCAUCAAUCGAUCAUCUCAGAUCAUUACCUGCAACGCUGCGGUGGCAUGGGGACCCGGGGAAGAGCUGGUGAUGGAGGAGGUAGAAGUGGGUCCACCACAACCACUGGAAAUUCGGGUCAAAGUUGUCUGCACUUCUCUUUGCCGCAGUGACAUCACUGCUUGGCAAUCGCUGGCAACUCCUUCAAUCUUUCCUCGGAUAUUUGGCCAUGAAGCAUCAGGGAUCGUUGAGAGUGUGGGGCAAGGGGUGACAGAAUUCCAAAAAGGUGAUCAUGUGCUUACAUUAUUUACAGGAGAGUGUUUGACAUGCAGACAUUGCUUAUCUAGUAAAAGCAAUUUGUGUCAGAAUCUUGGUCUGGAAAGGAAAGGUGUCAUGCACAGUGACCAGAAGACACGUUUUUCAAUCAAAGGCAAGCCUGUCUAUCAUUACUGUGCAGUCUCAAGCUUCAGUGAGUACACUGUUGUUCACUCUGGUUGUGCUGUUAAAUUGAGACCUGACGCUCCUUUGGACAAAAUUUGUCUUUUCAGUUGUGGAGUAGCUGCAGGUCUAGGUGCUGCUUGGAAGGUUGCUGAUAUAUCAAAACAAUCAACGGUUGUGAUCUUUGGCCUUGGAACUGUUGGUCUCUCGGUAGCUGUAGGUGCCAAACUAAGAGGAGCUUCCCAAAUAAUUGGUGUUGAUACAAACUCUGAGAAAUUUGAGAAGGCGAGGUCAUUUGGAAUAACACAACUUGUCAACCCAACAGACCAUGAAGAACCUAUACAUCAGGUCAUCAAGCGUAUGACUAGUGGAGGUGCUGAUUAUGCAUUUGAGUGUGUGGGUGAUACUGGAACUGUAACUAAUGCUUUGCUCUCAUGCUGUGAUGGAUGGGGUGUGACAGUUACUCUUGGAGUACCAAAGGUGGAGCCUGAAGUUAGAGCUCAUUAUGGAUUGUUUCUUUCUGGGAGAACAUUGAAAGGAUCACUAAUUGGAGGGUGGAAACCUAAGUCAGAUAUUCCUAAAUUGGUGGACAUGUACAUCAGGAAGGCUUGAUUAUCCGCUACCCCAAUUGCUGCUUGCGAGUCACACCGCACAAAAACUGAUGGAGCUGGCUUCCCACACAAUGGAAUAUUAGCAAGGAAACUCCUUGCCCAUUCUGCUUCUUGGCUUGCCAAUUGUAAAGCAAUAAACUAGAUUCCAUUGUAGAUUUUGGAAUACAUGUUUGCUUUGAUGAUUUACAUGAUAUAGCUCCUCCAGCAAGAGUAAACAAAUAACCGCAAGUAGAUUGAAUUUCAUCAUUAUCUGACACCCAAUUAGCAUCACAAAAUCCUUCAACUUGUUUCCUUUGAUAAUGCAGACCCCAAUUGAUAGUGCCUUUUAGAUACUUCAACAAUCUAAUCAAGGCACCCCAAUGCCCUCGAUUAGGAUUGUGAGCAUAUUUUCUCAAUCUACUCAGAGCAUAAGCUAUGUCAGGUUUAGUAUAAUUCAUCAAGAACAUUACACUACCGAUUAUUUUUGCAUAUUGUUCUUGUAAUAUACUAUCACCCUUAUUCUUUUUCAAAUGAAUACUAGAAUCAUAUUUCACAGGAUUGCAAUGAAUUAAUCAAACUUCUUCAAUAUUUUCUCAAUAUAAUGAGAUUGAUUUAAAGACAUCCCAUAUGACGUUCUUGUAAUCUUUAUUUUAAGAAAAACAUCAGCCUCUCCUAAAUCCUUCAUCUCAAAAUAAGAAUUUAAGAAGCUCUUAGUUGCAUUUGCUAUACGUCUAUAUUGGUCCCAAAAAUUAACAUAUCAUCCACAUAUAGACAUAUGAAAACAUAACCAAGCUCAUCAAUUUUGGAAUAAACACAAGCAUUAGAAUCAUUUACCAAAAAACCAUUU